AUGUCGACGAUAUGCUGGUUCGUGGGUAUUCUCACAAUAUCGACCAAGUUUGUGAACGGUUAUGAUAUCACCGGACGGACGUGUGGGGACCCUGCCCUAACACCUGAUGCUAUAUCUGCUGGCAAUGGAGGUGUCUGCGACACGGGUGCCGGGAUAGUCCACGCCACCAAAGUGCUGCUGCCACUGAAGUACCAUGCCGAAGACACCAAACAUGAUAUGACCCGACCCGGGUUUGACCCCCUAGCUCCCGACUCCAAGCCCUACGCUCUAACUAUUAGACCAUCAAAAUGCUUAAUCGACGACGCCUGUUACGAAAAUGGGGAAGAGAAUCCGAGUGUUCCCAGCCAAAUAUGCAACAGUAAUACCAGGACGACAGAGUUUACUACAGUAGAAAAUUAUGCACUUAGGCUUGUCAACGGUGAUCAGACAGCAGACUAUCUGUUUGGACGCUUGGAAGUCUUCAACAGUGGUUCUUGGGGAACAGUGUGUGAUGAUGGUUUCACGGAUCUCACAGCCGUUACUCUCUGUGGCUUUCUUGGUUACAGCCUUGGCUAUUUUGCGACUAACGCCGCCUUCGGUGAGGGGACCGGCACAUUAUGGUUGGACGAAUUAGUGUGUGCAGGAACAGAGGCUAAUAUAUCACAAUGCUCCCACCUACCCUGGGGAAUGACUGAUUGUCAACACGACGAGGACGUCGGUUUAAUAUGUAUGCACACUCCAGUAGAAACUAUUCCCAUGCGACUUGAGAAUGGCGAGGAAACAGCAGGUAGUCUGAGUGGGCGCUUGGAAGUCUUACUCCUCGGUAGCUGGGGAACAGUAUGUGGCAACAGCGCCAGCCAAGUCACAACAGUCACUCUCUGUGGAAUGUUUAACUACAGUCAUGGAGAAUACGUGAUGGAUGGCAGAUUUGGAGAAGGGACCGGACAGAUCUGGUUGGACGAAGUGAUAUGUGCAGGAAAUGAGACUGACAUAAGCCAGUGUUCUUACGAGCUCUUGGGACAUAGAGACUGCAGCCACAGCGACGAUCUGGGUUUGGUGUGCUCAGGCCCUAUAGGCAAAUGUGUCGUGAACAACAUCACUUAUGACGAUGGAGAUAUGGAUCCAAAUGAUGACUGCAAAGAAUACGUGUGCUAUGAUGAUGGGGAAUCGCAGCCAGGUGUGCCUUGUAUGGCAUGUGUGUCUGAGACCAGCACAACCGAGUUUACUCUGUUGCAGAACAAAUGCCUUAUCGAGGACGUGUGCUAUGAUGAUGGGGAUUCGCAGCCAGGUGUGCCUUGUAUGCAAUGUGUGUCUGAGACCAGCACAACCGAGUUUACUCUGUUGCAGAAUAAUUGCGUUGUGAAUAACAACUGUUAUGGCGAAGGAGCCGAGGAUCCAAAUGACAACUGUAAACAAUGCAUCAGUGGAAGCAGUACGACAAGCUUCACUCUCAACACCCAAGGGAGAUGCUCUAUUAAUGGCGUGUGCUACGAGGAUGGAACGGUGAACCCUGACAACGUCUGUGAACACUGUGACGUCAGCGAGAACUCUUCUCAGUGGAUACCCACUAUUUACGAAUUGACCAAUGGAGCGACCAUACGAUGUUCGGCUUUUUGUGACUUCAUUCGACUCUAUGGAAAGGGUAUGAUCUCAGUCGUUUGCUCGUACUCGGGUUUCAUAACUGCACGGAACUUCGGGGAUAUGUGUUACAUGAGGGAUGUUUCAUCGCUGGACUGCCCCGCGAGGGGUGGGACGCUGACCAGGUACAAGGUCAUGUGUGGUCAUAAGACCCCUGUCCAGGCAUCAGCGGACCCAGUGGUUUGUCCAUAGCAGACAGUGUGCAGCCAUCGACACUUUUCUGGGCGGCAACACUUAAGAGCUUAAUACCGACCGGUACCAACAUGUACAGUAAAAGAAAGA